AUGUAUAUAACAAGUUCACUACUAUAUAUUUCUAAUAUAUAUUCAACAAAAGCUAAUUUUGUUACAAGAAAAAUGGAGGUGAUGAAUAGGAGAUCAUCAUCAUUUUCUGAUGGAAAAAUUAGAAUGAUACAAGGAGCAAUAUUAGCUUUAGCACUUACAAUAUUUCUUGGGAAUUUAAUGAUGUGGAUUAUUAUGCCAACUUUUACAUAUUAUCAAAAAUGGGUUCCUGUUCUUGUUGCUGCCACCAAUUCCACAUUCUUUGAUAUUCAAGGUCCCAUUAUGAUGAACUUCACAUUCCCAAUCUUAUUCAUAGCUGUUUUGGGCUGUCUUUAUGUUCAUCUAGAGAAGAAAAAAAGUGAUAUUGUCACUUCAUCAUAUUGCAAUAAGGAUUGGUUGAAGAUAUUGAAGAAGCCAAAAAUCAUCAAACCAUUAGGAAUAGUGACAUGGAUAGAACUAAUUUUUCUAGCCAUGUUUAUUAUUCUAUGUGUUUGGUAUUUCUCAGCAUUUGUCUAUUUUCACUAUAGUACCAUUACUACUUAUGCAGCAACUAAAGGAGUUGAAGUGUGGCAAGCAAGAAUUGAUAGGUUGGCUUUAGUAAUAGGGUUAACAGGAAAUAUAUGUUUAACAUUUCUAUUUUAUCCAGUAAGUAGAGGCUCUUCAAUUUUGCCUCUUUUGGGAUUAACUUCAGAAGGCAGCAUCAAAUAUCAUAUAUGGUUGGGACAUAUGGCUAUGACACUUUUCACUAUUCAUGGUCUUCUUUUUAUUCUAUUUUGGGCCGUCUCUGGGAGAUUACAUGAGAUGUUGACAUGGGAUCCACAUUACAUAUCAAAUGUACCUGGAGAACUUGGUUUACUAGUUGGAUUAAUAUUGUGGGCAACAACAUUUCCAGCAAUUAGAAGAAGAAUGUUUGAAGUCUUCUUCUACACUCACUAUCUCUACAUUCUAUUCAUGGUUUUCUACCUACUCCACACUGGAAUGUUCUAUGCCUGCAUUAUGCUCCCAGGUUUCUUCCUCUUCUUGAUCGAUCGAUACUUGAGAUUCUUGCAAUCCAAGCAAAAAGUUCGUUUGAUUUCAGCCCGAGUUUUGACUUGUGAAACUGUUGAACUCAACUUCUCCAAAAUAUCAGGUUUGGAGUACUCUCCUACGAGCGUUAUGUUCCUAAACGUGCCAAGCAUAUCCAAAUUGCAGUGGCAUCCAUUCACUGUAACUUCAAACAGUAACUUAGAAUCAGAUACAAUUAGUGUUGUCAUCAAAUGUGAAGGAAGCUGGACUAAGAAGCUUUACAGUGUCAUGUCAUUGCCUAAGCCAGUCGAUCGUCUUGACGUUUCUGUUGAAGGACCCUAUGGACCUGCUUCCACUCAUUUCCUAAGGCAUGAUACAUUGGUGUUGAUCAGUGGAGGGAGUGGAAUAACUCCAUUCAUUUCCAUCGUCAGAGAGCUGAUUUAUAUGAGCUCAACACUGAAAUGCAAAACUCCGAAGAUCUUAUUAGUUAGUGUGUUCAGGAAUACUUCACAACUCUCUAUGUUAGACCUUCUUUAUCCUAUAGCAGGCACUCCUUCAGGAUGUUCUUCUAAUCUUGACCUACAAGUUGAGGCUUAUAUAACCAGAGAGACUGAACCAGCACAAGAAAAAACCGAACCCCUACGGACCAUUUUGUUCAAACCUGACCACUCUGAUGCACCCAUAACCCCCAUUUUAGGCCAGAACAACUGGCUCUGGCUUGCAGCUAUAAUAUCGUCUUCGUUUGCUCUGUACCUUCUAUUUGUGGGACUUCUUUACCAAUACUAUGUUUACCCUAUGGACCAUGGUACUAACCAGGUAUUCCCAUACCACACAAGGGCUUUAUUUAACAUGUUGUUUAUAGCAGCUGCUAUAGUAAUUGCAGCAAGUGCAGCCUUCCUAUGGAACAAGAAGAAAAGUGCUAGGGAAACUAAGCAGAUUCAGGACAUGGCAGAUUCAGCAAAAUCUUUGAACUCAUUAAUAGCUUAUGCUGAUCAAGAGCUAGAAAGUCUUCCUCAACAGUCGCUCGACAAAUCUAUCAAGACACAUUAUGGCCACAGACCUGAUCUCAAGCGAAUAUUGCUAGAAGUUAAAGGAUCAAGUGUUGGAGUACUUGCCUCUGGACCGAAGACCUUGAGACAUGACGUAGCAGCCAUUUGCUCAUCUGAGUUGGUUGAAAAUCUGCACUUUGAGUCCAUCAGCUUCACCUGGUGAUUUCAAGAGCUACCUUACAAGUCUCAAUAGCAGUACCUAUGCAGAUAUUAUGCCCUGUAAUAUGCUCCAGUGUUCUGGUUGGAUCAAUAUGUGUGUUUAAAAUAGGUAUUCUGGGUAUGGUUGCCCAAGAUAACAUUACUUUUUGUUGAAUAUAAUAUGUAAGGUAUUGUAAGUAGCCUUUGGAAGAGGAAAUAAGGUUCAUGGGAUUUGAAUAGAACCUGUAUUUGUCUGAGAAAUUAGACUAAACAAGGUCUGAAACUUCCUAGUUCCCUAGUUUUUAUCUUCCAACAACAAAUUCAAAUUCCA